AUGGAUAACUGGGGACCGGAGGACGAUCGUUUCUUCAGCACGUCGACUUCCAGGAGGGAUGAAGAGGAGGCGCUGCAAUGGGCUGCAAUAGAGAAGCUCCCCACGUACAGGAGGCUGAGGAUAAGCAUUCUGGAGUCGACCCCAGAGUCGACCCCAGAGGAGGAUGGCGCUGCCAACGACAUAGAGCAGGGCACGGGCAUGACAAAGCACAAGGAGGUCGACGUCCGGAAGUUGAACAAGAAGGAGAGGCAUGAGUUCAUCGAGAAGCACUUCAAGGUCGCCGACGUUGAUAAUGCCAAGUUCUUGACCAAGCUCAGAUCUCGCCUCGAUAGGGUAGGGAUUCAACUCCCUACAAUAGAAGUCAGAUUUGAACAAUUACGAGUAGAAGCGGAUUGCUAUGUCGGGUCCAGAGCUCUUCCGACACUGUUGAACGAAGCGCGUAACAUUGCCGAAUCAGCGCUUCGCCUGUUUGGUAUUAAGCUUGCUAAGAAAGUGAAAUUGACAAUCCUUAAGGAUGUGUCUGGAAUCAUUAGGCCAUCAAGGAUGACUCUUCUUCUAGGACCACCUUCGUCUGGGAAGACAACUCUAUUGUUGGCACUAGCAGGAAAGUUGAACUCAAGUCUGAAGGUGAAAGGACAAGUCUCAUACAACGGCUAUAGACUGAAGGAGUUUGUACCACAAAAGACGUCAGCAUACAUCAGCCAAAACGAUGUGCAUUUGGGCGAUCUUACUGUCAAGGAGACAUUUGAUUAUUCAGCAAGAUUCCAAGGAGUCGGUCCUCGUUAUGAUCUACUAGCUGAGCUCUCACGGAGAGAGAAGGAUGCUGGAGUACGCCCAGAGUCUGAUGUUGAUCUAUUCAUGAAGGCAACUGCUGUUGGAUCCAAGACAAAUCUCAUAACCGAUUAUACGCUCAAGCUUCUGGGACUUGACGUAUGCAAGGACACCGUUGUCGGAGAUGAAAUGAAACGAGGAGUUUCAGGUGGACAGAAAAAGCGAGUGACAACAGGUGAGAUGAUGGUGGGACCGACGAAAACUCUCCUUAUGGAUGAGAUAUCAACUGGUCUGGACAGCUCAACAACAUUUCAAAUUGUGAGGUGCAUGCAACAGAUUGCGCAUUUAGUUGAUUCCACCAUAUUCAUGUCCCUCCUCCAGCCAGAUCCGGAGACGUUCGGGCUGUUUGAUGAUAUCGUCCUCUUAUCAGAAGGCCAUAUCAUUUAUGAGGGUCCUCGGGAGCACGUAGUGGAGUUCUUCGAGAGCUGCGGAUUUCGGUGUCCCGAGAGGAAGGGCGUCGCUGACUUUCUGCAAGAGGUUACAUCCAAGAAGGACCAAGAGCAAUAUUGGGCAGAUAUGAACAAGCCCUACCAAUUCAUUUCGGUGGCGGAGUUUUCCGACAGGUUCAAGGCCUUUCAUGUGGGCCAGCGGCUAGAAAGGGAACUCCAAACUCCUUACGACAAAAGCAAAAGCCACAGAGCUGCUCUGACCUUUACGAGACAGUCGACUCCCAAAAUGGAACUCCUAAAAGCAUCUAUCGAUAGAGAAUGGCUUCUAAUCAAGAGAACCAGGGGCGUUUACAUUUUCAGGACUUUUCAGAUUAUCAUAGUCGGGUUUGUGGCAGCGACAGUUUUCUUGAGAACGAGGCUCCACAGGACGUAUGAUGAUGCGCCUGUUUACAUUGGAGGAAUUAUUUUCGCCAUGGUCAUCAAUAUGUUUAAUGGCAAUGUUGAGCUAUCUCUCACUCUUAUGAGGCUCCCGGUGUUUUUUAAGCAAAGGGAUUUUCUAUUUUAUCCUGCGUGGGUGUUCACUGUCCCGAACUUCUUGCUCCGCGUGCCCAUCUCAGUUUGGGAAGCCGCAGUCUGGACACUCGUGACUUACUAUCCCAUUGGAUAUGACCCAGACGCUGGCAGGUUUUUCAAAUACAUGCUCGUGGUAUUUCUGAUCCAACAAAUGGCUGCUGGGUUGUUCCGGUUCUUGGCUGGUGCUUGUAGGACUAUGAUGAUUGCCCAGACUGGCGGUUCUCUUGCUCUACUGCUUCUGCUCCUGCUUGGAGGUUUCAUUCUCCCGAAACGCCAAAUACCAGUAUGGUGGUCUUGGGCUAACUGGGUCUCACCUCUAUCGUAUGCAUUUAAAGCCUUGACCAUCAACGAGAUGCGUGCUCCGAGGUGGAUGAACAAAUUGGGACCGGAUAAAAAUACAAAAUUAGGUGAGGCAGCGUUGGAGGUCUUCGACGUCAACUACAAGAGCUACUGGUUUUGGAUUGGAACUGGAGCACUUUUCGGAUUCAUUAUCCUUUUCAAUAUCCUAUUUACCUAUGCCCUUAUGUAUCUGAACCCCUUGGGAAAUCCACAAGCUGUUGUUUCUGAUGAGGAUGAGCAAUCAAAUGGCGAAGUCUCCCCAGAAAUAGAACAAAGUAACGCAAGAGGAUUAGCUACGAGAAAAAGCUCGGUGAAAAUGUCCACUCGACAAAAUAGCAAGUCCACUCUUCUUCAUGGACCUGCCCAUAGGGUGGCCAAUGACACGGCCGCAAAGAGAGGAAUGAUACUCCCAUUUCAACCACUAUCGAUGUCCUUCGACUGUGUCAACUACCAUGUAGACAUGCCCUCGGAAAUAAGAAGUCAAGGAGUGACCGAGAACAAGCUGCAAUUGCUCCGAGAAGUGACAGGAACAUUCAGACCCGGUGUCCUAACUGCUUUGAUGGGUGUUAGUGGUGCCGGAAAGACGACACUGAUGGACGUUCUUGCAGGGAGGAAAACCGGGGGUUAUAUAGAAGGUGAUAUAAGAAUAUCUGGGUUCCCCAAGAAGCAAGAAACGUUUGCGAGAAUUUCCGGCUAUUGCGAGCAGACAGAUAUUCACUCUCCUCAGAUCACUAUUAAAGAGUCCUUGAUUUACUCUGCCUUCUUGAGAGUCCCUAAAGAAGUAGACGAUGAGUCAAAGAUGAUUUUCGUCGAUGAAGUGAUGGAACUUGUCGAACUUGGUAGCAUCAAGAAUGCCAUAGUUGGGCUUCCAGGGGUCUCAGGGUUGUCGACAGAACAGAGAAAGAGGUUGACUAUAGCGGUAGAACUCGUUGCUAACCCUUCAAUCAUUUUCAUGGACGAGCCAACUUCGGGUCUCGAUGCGAGGGCAGCAGCCAUUGUGAUGAGGACCGUGAGGAACACAGUGGACACAGGACGAACUGUCGUGUGCACAAUUCAUCAGCCAAGCAUCGAUAUAUUCGAAGCAUUCGAUGAGCUGUUGUUGAUGAAAAGAGGAGGGCAAGUUAUUUACUCGGGACCACUUGGUAUGCGUUCCUGCAAGCUCGUGGAGUAUUUCGAGGCAAUCCCUGGAGUCCCUAAAAUACGAGAGGAGCAGAAUCCUGCGGGAUGGAUGCUGGACGUGAGCUCAGUCGGGAACGAGGUCCAGCUCAAGAUGGACUUUGCCGAAUACUAUAAAUCAUCAGCGUUGUACAAGCAAAACAAGGAUCUCGUGGAUGAGUUGCGGACACCACCGGCAGGCGCGAAUGACUUGUACUUUCCCAACCAGUACUCUCAAUCGACAUGGGGGCAGUUCAAAUCUUGUUUGUGGAAGCAAUGGUGGAUCUACUGGAGGAGCCCCGAUUACAACCUCGUGCGAAUCCUCUUCACCUUGUUGGUCGCGCUCGUGCUCGGUUCCAUCUUCUGGCGAAUCGGCAAAACCAGGGCUGAGGUUCAUGAUCUGACGACGGUCAUCGGAGCCAUGUACGUUUCCGUCUUAUUCGUGGGGAUUAACAAUUGCUCGACCGUUCAACCGAUAGUUUCCAGAGAGCGGUCUGUGUUCUACAGAGAAAGAGCCGCCGGCAUGUACGCCGCCCUGCCGUAUGCAGUGGCCCAGGUAGUUGUGGAAAUUCCGUACGUGUUGGUUCAAUCGGCAUUAUACUCCGUGAUCAUAUACGGGAUGAUGAGCUUCCAGUGGACUGCGGCGAAGUUCUUCUGGUUCUUCUUCAUCACCUUCGUCUCCCUUCUCUACUUCACAUACUACGGCAUGAUGACGGUUGCGCUUACCCCGAACCUCCAAGCGGCGGCUAUAUUCGCGUCCGCCUUCUUCGGCUUCUUUACUCUAUUCUCGGGAUUCUUCAUACCUAAACCGAAAAUACCCAUCUGGUGGAAAUGGUACUACUACAUCUGUCCCCUGGCAUGGACGGUGUACGCACUGAUCGUGACGCAAUACGGCGACAUGGACGACCCGAUCAAAGUGCCCGGGACGUCUCGACAUCCGAGCAUCAAACGGUACCUCGAGGACCAUUUCGGCUACAACUUGCACUUCAUGGGGCCGACUUCGGCAAUUCUGGUCGCCUUUGCCGUGUUUUUUGCGCUCCUUUUCGCCAUUUGCAUCACCCGCCUGAACUUCCAAAGAAGGUAGUGUAGGAAAGCAGGAGGGCAUUCCAUCAGAUCGCUAUCAUUCUUUCUGUUCUUCCAAUUCUGCUCGCCAGUAGUGAAUGGUGAUUCGCCACUUUAUUAGCCGAACUGGCACAGUCCAAAUGUAUAAUGGAUGGGGUCACUUUUUCUUCGAUA